AUGACACCUUCCGAGGCAGCAAACGAUGCCCUAAACGCCACUCUGGCAGCCAUGCAACCGCUCAUGAAGUGUUGCAUGAAGUUGAAAGAGGGCGAUCCAGAGAGUUUGACACUAUCGGAUGACAUCGCCAGGCGUGUGCUAAACCCCACGCAGGCCAAAGAUCUAAGGAUGCAUGCUGGGGAUGCAAUGUCAUUCUCCCCGCAGCUACUCUCCUGUGCUGCUGUGAUCCAGCAGUACUCCAAGGGCGGUACUUUUGAGUGCGUCCCCGACUGGACCUCUGUGUCAGACAACGACCCGAGGAUCCAGAGCCACCCAAGGUUUGACAAGACCGUGGGCUACUGCAGUCCCUCUGAGAUUGAGGUUUCUACCUCUUUUGAACCCGUAAAUUUACCUGUGUCUGCCGUCCUCUCCCCAACAGAUACUUUGACGCCGCAGUCCACGGUCUUGGCGGUCUUGCCGACUGCAUCCAUCGCAGAUGGAGAUCCAAUCACCUCACCAGACACUCCACCCAGACCAACAUCUCCCCCACCCAAGCCUGCGGAUGCAACAUCAUCCGCUGACACUUCAGCACCUCCUGCUACUCCCUUCAAACACAAUCUCUUUGUGGCCGGCACUCAGAAGAAAUCUGCAAAGGUCGCGCCGCAGGUCGGCAAAAGUAAGAAGAGAAAAGCGGCAGACGACACUGACGAGGCGGUUACUGACACACCCGAGUUGCCUCCCCGGUCCUCGAAACCGAGGCAACAAAGGAAGAAGAAGUUCCACUCGGAUGAAGACCCAGAGAAUGCUCCCACCGGAACGGUAUAUGCGAUCCCAAAGCAGAAGGUAUCGCUGCCUGUUGCCGCUAAGAAGGAUGCCGACCCAGCAGUUCUGGACACUUCUGAUGCGCCUGAUGACAAAGGUUUCCAGGAUGCAGACACCAGGCCUGCCCUAUGGGGCCAGGAUUCCCAUAUUGCUACCCCGUUGCAGGCAAUAUUCCGUCCGUCAUCACCCCCGGAAGUGCGACAAGUGCAGGAAACUCGACAUACCCUGCCUUGUCCUGCCAGACAAGAAGUUCGGAUGCACAUGAAAAUCACAUGUGCGAUCGAUGGCGUGGGUGUUAGGGAGAGGUUGCAGGCGAAGACCGCUGUAGCAGCAUCCAAUCCUCCCAAGCACUCCGGAACGCGCAUUCUGAAAUCCCGCGCCAAGACACCUGGCCGCUCAUCUAGGAAGACAAACCUAGCGCCCCCACCCCCUAGUUCCUCCGGCAGUGAACAAGAGGGUAAUGAGGCAGAGCAACAGCCAACGGAUGUCCUGCCCGGAAAUGCUCCAAUGGCGCAACUUCCAACAACAUCCGCAGCCGACCCAGUCCCACAGCCCGAACAGGACGCCCAGCCUGCGCCGGCCAAUGCCAUGGAUGCUGAGCCAACAGCAAGACACAUCUUGCAAAGCAUCCAGGACCUCGGCAGGAGGUUAGAUCUCUUCGCCACCAAUGAGCGGGUGGAGGCAUUGGAGGUAAGAGUUGCUUCAGCGGAGACCAACUUCAACCAACGGUUGAACGCAUUGGAGCAACGGCUGAACAUCUCGGAUGCACAGCGGAGAGCGAUGUCCGCAUCUUAA